GUCACUACUAGAGUUACUGAGUGUCACUAACUAAGCUUAGCAUAAGGACUUGGACUUCAAAUAGUAGAAGUAGAAUGAUCUAUAUAAUUAAUGAUUAAUCUACUUCUAUGAUAAUCUUUGAAUCUAUGUCGACUAUGAAUCCUCACUCUGGCUCAGAGCCUCAUUAGUCAAACAGUAGAAGUUCAAGUCUGGUAACAACACCCUCUAAAAAUGGCCAAUAUUGGCAAUAAAACAGUUUUACAUGUUACAUUUGUUCAUCACCAAUUAAAAAGUAUGACUAUCAAGCUGACAGAUGGACUAACGUGUCAAGAAGUAUUGAAGCAAUGUUUACUGUAUGUUGGUCCAAAAAUUAUUGCGGAUAAAGACAAUGUUGAAGUGUAUGGGCCUAAAUAUCUUCAUCUUUUUGGAUUGCAAUUGUUAGAUAAUCACCAAGAACAAAUAUGGUUACCACAGAGUCACACAUUUGAUAGUCAAGAUCAAGGGAAAACUUACCAGUUCAGAAUUCGUUUUUAUCCCCAUGACCCUAUGAAAGUUAAUUACAAAACUUCAGUCAAUGACGUGAUGCUUGAAUAUCUUUUCCUACAAAUUUUAGAUGAUUUCCUGAUGAGGAAAUUAGGAGCGAGUACUAAAUUUAAUGAAAAGAAAAUAUUUAAACUUCUUUCUUUAUCAUUCUUGAUGCCUUCGUCUUUGCCUUUUGAUGGCUCAAUUAAAGUAGAUAGGAAUUAUAAGAAAGAAAAAAAAAUUAACUUUUUUAACAUCAAGAAUAAAAUUUCAAAAUUUAUAAGCAAGCGCCUCAUUACUCAGUGGUGGAUAGAUUCAUUUUGGAUUUGUCAAGGCUUGAAAGAGUCUAUCCAGAAGAGAAAGGGAGAUAAUGAGAAUUUGGGCUAUCAUAAACAAGAAUUUUUUUCAGAGAUCAUGAGCACUGAGCCUUAUUACUGGAUAGAACGGUACACAGCAACAUAUAACAAUGGUGAAAAUAAAACAGAAGUGACAGUUUCUGUGAAGAUUUGUGAAAUGAAUCAUAGUCCUUUCUUGUAUUUUGGGGAUGUACUUAAGUACAGCCUGGCAGAAAUUAUUGACAUCAAAAUUUAUUGUUACAAUCUAAAUGUAUCUAAAAAGAUCGUCAUGAUUUGUCCAAGAAAUGAAGCCCCAACGCAUCUCGAAUUUUCUAUGGAGGGGAGUAGUGAAUCAUUUGUGUCAAUGCUUCAGGGAUUUGUUAUGCUAUUUAUUUGUUAUGAUGUCUGUAUAAACCUGGAUCUUCAAACAACCGACAUGAAAUUAAGAAAUGAGCUGCAAAGUUUUGGUCCUUUAGAGUUAUCUAAUGCUAAAAGUGUCCUCAGAGGAGUACAGCCUGACAGAGAAAUCAAAUUUCUCAUCCAUGAAAGUCUGACUGAGUAUAGCCACUAUGCUGUGUUGGUACAACAGGGCGAGAUGUUUGAAACACUGGACUUAAACAUUACAAAAGAGAAAAUAGUCAACCUGUCAUCUAAAGGAACGUUGCUUAAGAGUUUUGAUAACUGUCAACAACUGAUCCAUCAAUUGAGAAUAGACUAUCAAUCUCAAGUCCUUCCCAGGAACAACCCUGGAGUAGCAGAGAUCAACAAAUUGUUUCAGGAUGACUUAAUUGAGCCAUAUUAUUACUACUCUUCAUCACCACCACCAGUCAGCAAUGAGCCUGGAGUAUACCUUAGAGAGGAUUUGAGUAGGAGAACUCUGAUAGCUGAUAUAAAUCCUUUGAUUAAAAAAUAUUCAGUGCUGUUGAAGGAUCAAGAAAUGAUGCUAGUAGAACUGCAAGCUGAAAAGAGAAAGAUAGCAGAGGCUUUUCGAGGUGCAAUCCAAAACAUUUUUGAGCUGAACAGAUUCAAACCUGAAAAUUUUAUCAAGUUCUAUGGCACUGUGUGGGAGAAGAGAUUGUGUGUUCUGAUGGAGCUAGCCCCCAAUGGAGAUUUACUUACUUACAUUUGUCAACAUCCUCAGAGAGUGGCUCAGAAAGUUGACAUCAUGUAUCAGAUCGUCAAUAUUCUCAGUAUCUUGGAGGGAAAAAAAAUCUAUCAUGGUAAUAUAAGAUCACGAAAGUUCAUGGUGUUUGCCAAAAGUUCUCUGGAAGUGACUAUCAAACUUAGUGACUCAGGAAUUUCCCAGUAUCUGGACAGUCACCCUCUUGAGAAUCCUGAAAAUAUUGACAGGGUACCUUGGUUGUCUCCUGAACGCAAGAAAAGUCUUUCCACUAUCACCUAUGAGUCUGAAUGUUACUCUGUCGGCACAACACUGUGUGAAAUGAUCUACAGGAAUGACCAGUUUCACAUUGAAUUAAAACUGCCAACAACACUGGAUCUCAAGUGUUUUCUAGAGAACAGUUCAAUACCAAAGCCUGCUUUUAUUAUGACUAGAGAGAAUGAAUUAAAUUUGUUAGACAUUGCUGAGGACUCUCUUGUGCCUGAAGCCAGGAAAAUUUUAGAGGAUAUUUGGGAUCAAGUUAUAUCUAAGUGCUGGUCUAGUCACCCUGCUGAUAGACCCACUUCAAGGAUACUUUUGCAGACAUUAAAUGAACUCAAAUCAAGAAGUGUAGAAAUCCAAGGAGACACCAAUGUAGAAGCCAUCAAACAAAUUGUUUAUGAUGUUUGUCAAGAAGAUCUACAAAGUAGAAGUGUAACUUCCCAAUUAACAAUGGAUGAUCUACAAAGAACUUUGAUGGCCAAAUAUCCACACAGGUUUCUCCAUUCAGAUAAUAUCCGAUUGACUCGGAAAAAAAUUGGGCAGGGCCAUUUUGGUAGCGUGUGGGGUGCAAGUAUAUGCAGACCAAGCCUGAACCUUCACCAAACUAAAUCUGAUUGGUUCCAGGUUGCUGCCAAAAUGUUUAAAAAAGGGGAUAGGAUUUCUGAGGCCAGUUUUGUCCGAGAGAUUGCCCUAGCCUGUGAACUGGAUCACCCCAAGAUUGUCAAAAUGCUUUACUUUGCCAUUAAUCCAUACAUCAUUAAAGAAGAGCAAUUUAGUUACUCAAAGAUUAUGCUAAUCAUGGAGUACAUGAAUAUGAACAGCCUGAUUAAAUAUGUCAGCAGAAAAGACAUUCCCUUGGUACCUGCAAUACUUCUGAAGAUCUGUAUAGACAUUGCAGAGGGAAUGGUGUAUCUUUCUGGCAGAGAUAUUGUCCACAGGGAUCUGGCUGCCAGGAAUGUACUUUUGCAUCAAAGUGGAGAUUGCAUCGUUGCCAAAGUGUCAGAUUUUGGUUUGGCUCGAAACAUGGAGGAAAACUAUCGUUUUUAUAACACCAAACCUGAUGAGCAGAUGCCCUUUCCUUGGAUGCCACCUGAAAUACUGGACGAUGAAGCUGAAAGAAAACCUUUCUCCUCAAAAGGGGAUGUCUGGUCAUUUGGUAUCACAAUGUGGGAAGUGUUCUCUCGUGGCAAACAUCCCAGUGUCAAAAUGCCAGAGCCACAAAAUGUAAUGAAUUGGUACAGGCAGAAGAAUCGACUUCCCAAAGAAAAUUUUGUGUGUGAAAAUCUGUAUGACAUUAUGAUGAAGUGUUGGCGUUUAGAGACCAAAGAUCGGCCUGCAUUUGUGGAACUGCAGCAAGAGCUAAGUUCUUUGAGAGGACAAAAAAUAACACCUUGGGGUUAAUGCAAUUAACAUUGUCUCGCCUUGUAUUUAAGACAACUGAGCAAUGAUUGUUGUAACCUAAGGACUAUUGUUUUUAAUAGCCCUUGAAGUGAAGUUAUCAAAAACACUUUGCAUUUGUUGUUUAUGAUAGUCAAAGAUCUUUUACGCCAAAACAUCAAAUAUGAAUUUAUCUUUUUUUUUUUUACACUUCAAAACAUUUUUGAAGAACUGAAGAUCAUAGAGACAUUGUCAACUGUAUUAAACUUAGCGAAGUCAGUUUUUUUGAUAGUUGUGGCUGGUAAAUCUGCUCUGGAAUAAUUUUAUGCAUUAGCAAACAUUGUUUACAUGUCAACUUUUAACUGUUAAUUGACCAGUGACUGUUGAUUAUUGGUAGCUGAGUUUGAAGACAUCAUAAGACUUGUACCUACAUGUAUCUACUGAUGCGGCUAGUCAUAAUCUGUUAUCUUUGUUACAUGGACUUGGGUUAUAAUCAUGUAUAAGGAUUUUUUACACUUCAUAUUAAUAUGUAUGUUUAAAAUUUAUUUCACCAAGAAAAUCAUAUAUUAAUAUCAGGCUGUACUAAAACUAAUUAAUAUCUAAAUGUGUAUGAUUAUAUAAAAAAACAACAACACACUACUGGUUGGAACAUAUGAAGAUGGAAGAGGGGAGAUAAUACAGCUGUUAAGAUGUGGGGCUGAACUAAAGAAAAUAACUCACCGAUUCUCAGAUCACUGGUAUCUCUUCGAUUGCAGAAGCACAAUCCAAUUAUGAUCAAUCAAUAUCCCCGAUAAAAAGAAAUAAUGUCACAAUCUCCAAAUCAAAUUUACAUAUUUUGAUUCAGUAACACAAUAGAAAACAAUCCUCAGUCAAGAAAUCCAAAAAUCAUAACUAAAGUUUCUUAACACAUUUACACACUAGUCAAGGUCAUUUACGCCCAACAGCAUAAACAAUAAUCGCCCUACUUUACACGUGAAAAAAAAAGGUUAAUCUGGGAGGAACAGGGUUACAACACUGCCCCCUCCCUUUUUCUGUUUGUCUCAAACAGACCCUGAUCUCCUCACAAUACUGGUGCAACCAGCGCACAACCUCGUUCUGGAAAACCAAAUCAGUCUGGCCGAGCCCAUUUUCACUGUCUGGCACGACGUCCCCAAAUUCCAGCAACAUUUGUCUAACCCCACCGCACUCUUCCUCUGACAGAUCAUCACCCUCAUCUCCAAGUAUCCGAUCAACUCGAGAAUCACAUGACGAGGCACUAGCUACAGGGACCACCACAUCACACUAUGCAAUAAGUUCCAAUGGACAACAAGUGGCGAUAACAUUCUUCUUCUGAAGGUUGUAAGCUUGAGUGUCGAUUUUCAUAACCCGACCAGGUACCCUUCGGUUGUUUCUAUUAACAACCACUAUUCUCCCCACAGGCAGUCUACUGUGCGCUUCCUUCGACUGCUCUAUAAGGCUUGUGAUAGACACAGGAUCAUUACCUUCUAUUGUGUCAUAUAAUGGCUUCAGACUGUGCGGGUUUGCUGGUACCUUCCGUUAUCAAUACCCUCUUUAUCUGUUCUUCUUCCAUGUCGUUCCCCAGCAACGGAAUUUCAAGAUUUCCAUAUUGCACUGUGCCACCCCCAAUGUUGUAGGAGAGUCCAAAUAACUGCAUGAAGUCUAGUCCCAGAAUACACUCAUCCAUGAUAUUAUGACUAAAAUGUUGAUUUGCAAUCUCAAUCUUUACAGUGAUCUGUCCUAAAACUGGCAAAAGUUCACCACUAGCUGUUUUUAUAGAAUAGCCACUAAUUUCAUGAAUUAUGUUAUUCUCAAUAAGACUAGCAUGAAUUUUGAUCUUGAUGUGCCAGUAUCUAAUAGAAAUCUGCAAAAAUGAACUCCUAUUUUUCCUUGUACUCUCAGACUUCUAUUUUUUCCUAGCAAGUCCACCGGGAUGAUAAGCCUAGAGCUUCCUGUGAAUCUUGCUGCCUGUCUCCGCCCCACGAGACCGGCAGAAUCUAGUUUUCCUGGUUCUGAGAUUGGAUGCUGGCCUGGUGACUACCCAAUCCCUGUCUUUCUCUUGGUCAGCCUGCAUAUCCUCGAGUACAAUUUCUCUGAAUGUGGCCAGGAGCAUUACAAUUUCAACAGUGAAUGACCGGUCUAUUUGGUCUGGGCAUUUGCUGAGACCGUCGGUCAUCUAAAGUUUCCACUACUUGUCUGAUGAUAUCCGUGAGGUCCUCCUUCUGAACAUGAAGACCCCGACUGAAAUGGGUCGUUUUUCAUGUGUCUUUAGCUGCCUCAAAAGAUAAGGCAUAUACCAAAGCAUCGCUUGCCUCUCUUUUUCCACUUGAUCUGAUAAACCUUCUUCAAUUCAGGGUCACUAACACCAUCAAUAAACGCGUCUGUUAUGAGAACUUCUAAGAUCUCCUGGGUCAAGGUCGGAUAAGCCAGGCGUGCCAGUCGUUCGAUAUCUGCCAUCAACUCCUGUAGUGCCUCUUCUGGUUUUUGCUACCAAGUCUUCAAUUGCAUUCUAUAAACCUCCUUCAUGUGUUCGUCCCCAAAUCGCAAUUCCUUUGUUCUAACAAUGGCCUCGUAAUCUUGCUGGUCGUUAACUAUCUGUAGCAAUUCAGAGGCCUUUCCUCGCAAGGCUAAAAUUAAUCCAGUUGCUUUUUCCUCGUUCGUACUCCAGUUGAUCACUUUAGCAGCCGCCUCAAAUUGUCUUUUAUAGACUGUCCAUGAGACUGUACCACCAAAAAUAGGUGGCUUGACUUUCCAAAUUGCUUCGCUCGAUCCUGAAUUUGUUUAUAUGCGUUGAACCUUGCCCAGCUCGACCUUGACUGCCUGGACCUCAUUGUUAAGGGCUUUAAUCUUUUGCUCCAUCUCUACUGUAAGCUGUGACUUCACAGUGGCGAUUUCCUCCCUUAACUUACUUCUGAAUUCCGCCAGAUCUGUUUUCAGACCAGUCGCCAUUGCUCGCAUUGACCCUAGAAGCUCCUCUUUUAUUUCACUCAACAUUCUGCCGAGAUCAGCCUUCACUUCAAACUCGUAAGUGUCCUGGUCAAACCCGUCUUCUUUCAAAGCAUCUCUCAGACGGCUAACGAAGGCUUCUUUGUUUCCUGGCGCUGCGAUGUCCUCCUUACGGAUUUCGUUAAUCUGGAGCUCAUGUAGGCGUUUAGAAGUAGACAUGUUGUAAGUAGAGUAGGCAAUCUCCCACUUCUGACACCAGUUGUUAAGACGUGGAAUUGAACCAAAGAAAAUAAUUCACCGAUUCUCAAAUCGCUGGUAUCUCUUCGAUUGCAGAAGCACAAUCCAACUAUAAUCAAUCAAUAUCCCUGAUAAAAAGAAAUAAUGUCACAAUCUCCAAAUCAAAUUUACAUAUCCCAAUUCACUAACACAAUAGAAAACAAUCCUCAGUCAAGAAAUCCAAAAAUCAUAACUAAAGUUUCUUAACACAUUUACACACUAGUCAAGGUCAUUUACGCCCAACAGCAUAAACAAAAAUCACCCUACUUCGCACUUGUAAAAAAAAAGGUUAGUCAGGGAGGAACAGGGUUACAACAAUAUCAAUGCUAGGCUCCCUUUAUUUACAUCCAUGCAGUCGUACCACUUAAGCAGAACAAGAAACCAUCCUAUGUGCGAGGUUAGAAAUCUUUUUACUUGGCUUGAACUAGAAGGCACAUGGUAGCACCAAUGGUCCCUAGCUUCCUUCAUGAUGACAAGUUGAACAAAUGUAUAGGUCAGGAAAUGUUUAUACUGCUUAGUAUGCCAUUGGCUUACAUUACUACCCAUAUAAGUUACAGAAUGGUACAAACAGAGAACCAUAUUUUAAUCAAAUGUAUGUGUAUUAUUUUUUACAAUUACUUUAAAUUUUAUCAAUGACUUUUAUUGCCAUGAUUUAGACCUUUGGGUCUUGAAGUUUUUGUAAAUUGUUUUACAUGUUUCGGAUGUUCCUUCAAAGUUAAAGAUAAUCUGCUUUCUAGUUUAAACCUCCCAUAGGACGCUUGGGAAUGGGUUGGGCAGGGUAUGCACCAGGAACCAUGGAGAGGACCAAACCACAGUCCAUUGUGCAUAUCACAGGACCAAAUAGUUUUUCAUGGCCAGGUCAGUGUAAGGUCUAAGCCUGAGUCUGAAAGAUCAUACUAGAAUAUUAUCCAAUCAACCAAGCUGCUAAGAAUACCUAUGAUCCUUCCACGCAAUUUAAAGUCUCUGUCCUAAUUGAGUUAUCUUAUUUGAUCAUGACAGUAAAAAAAAAAAACAACUUAAGAAAAAACCACACUAAAGAUGUCCACACUGACACAGAAAUAUGUACACUUCUUUUUGUUAUGUUCUACAGGAUACGUUUUGGGGAUUAAUUUUUCUUUUUGUGUGAUAUUGUGUGUUUUAAUUUAUUCUGUUACCAGGAUUUGUAAUUAUUAACUUUUCCUUAUUUCCAUAUAUGUGGAUAUUAAUUUAAAAUUACUCAUAACGCUACUUUUUCAGAAACUUACUUAAGCAAACAUGUGUAAUUUGUAAAAAGUUUAUGUAUAAAAUGUCUUAACAUUGUAAGCUUUGAUGUUGAAAACAUGUUCACUGUGCCAUCCAAUGUUCUUUUUUUAAAAAAAAACAAGAAACAAACAAAACUAACAUUUUUACUCAGAGUUAAAUUGUGAACAUUAUCUCGCCUAACUUAUCUGAGGGCCACAUCAUUUGCACUAAAGCCAUUGGUUAAUAUGCAUGAGUUAAUGCCUGACACGUAGGACAUAAUCAUCUUCUUUUUUGAACUAACGUCUGUAUUAUUUAAGAUAAGAUAAGCACUUCUUUGUGUUUUUCUUUGAUAAAUUCUCUGAAGACUUUUAUUGUAGACUGAAACAAAAGUUGUUGUUUUUUAUGCUUUCACUGAAAUUUGAAAAAAAAAAUCUUUAAAAAAUAUAUAACAUAGCAUUAUUAUAAGAUUAUUAAGUUUGUAAAAAAUUUUAAAUAAUAAAUUUUAACACUUAGCUUUUCAAAAAAAAAAAAAAAGUUGUGCAUAAUAAUACAUAUAAUAGUACGAUAAAUGUUUUGUUUAAUAAUAAAUAGUGUAUCGCAGAUGACAUUUCUCCAAAACAUUUUAAUUAAUUUGUUUAUAAAAACGUAUUAUCUAUUUAACAAUUCAUUUUUGAGCAUCUCUCUAUCUUCUUUAAAGUCAUUAGUAAGUAUAAGUAUCAGGUUUAAGUCAUUAGUUAGUAUAAGUAUUAGGUCUCAGCCAUUAGUAAGUAUAAGUAUCAGGUUUAAGUCAUUAGUAAGUAUAAGUAUUAGGUCUCAGCCAUUAGUAAGUAUAAGUAUCAGGUUUAAGUCAUUAGUAAGUAUAAGUAUUAGGUCUCAGCCAUUAGUAAGUAUAAGUAUCAGGUUUUAGUCAUUAGUUAGUAUAAGUAUUAGGUCUCAGCCAUUAGUAAGUAAAAGUAUCAGGUUUAAGUCAUUAGUUAGUAUAAGUAUUAGGUCUCAGCCAUUAGUAAGUAAAAGUAUCAGGUUUUAGUCAUUACUAAGUAUAAGCCCAAAACAGAAGAUGCGUAUUAUAAUAUUGGCCUAACUAAGGUUAAAUAGCAUUUUAGUUUUAUGUUCUUGUCUGAUUUUAAAAGUUUCUAACCCAAUUAUUAGGAACCCAUUGAAAAGCCUUUCAAGCCACUGCUGAACUGACUGCUUAACAUUGUUAGUAUUGGUGUUAUUAGUGAAAAUAUCUGAUGUAAGGCUGUAAGCUGAAUCUUUUGCUGUUGCAUUGAUGUGUCUGCGAGUUCUUGAUAUUGUACUACAUAACAAUAAUCAUUUAUUAUAUUGUUAAUUUUCUAUUAUCACGUUCAAAUGAUCUGUUUUUAUUUGUCUCAUUUAGUUUUGUAAUUCAUAAGCUUUCUUUUAUUCCAUUAACAAUUAUUUACUUGAUCUUCCUUGUCUUUUGUACCAUUAUUAUCUGGAUAUAUAUAUAUAUUCUAAGAGCUGGAUGAUUGGUUGCUAAGGUCAUUUAAUCUUUAUUUCGAUUGGUUAACAUUGUACCUUUUGAUUAACAUUGUACCGUUUGAUUCAUGAACAUUGUACAAAUAUAUUUCUCUAUUUUCUAUUUAUUAAUUUCAAAUAAAUAACAUAAUAGUAUAUGGUAUGAAAGUAGUUGCCCUUGGAAAGAAUCUCUUCUGUUGUUGAGCUAGCCAGGAAAACCAGUGACUUGGCAGAAUUUAGAUCAUUGUUUAAUAUGCAUUACUAAAUGCAUCACGCAUAGGACGUAAUCAUCUUCUUUUUUGAAGUAACAUCUGUAUUCUAUAAGAUAAGAAGCAGUAAAAGAAAUGAACGUAAACAUUAGUAUCUUUGAGAAUUGGGAAGACGAGUCAAUGAUAAAGAAGGGCAGAUGAAAAAGUGUCACACAGGAAGAUAGGACUAAGGAGUGGAGUCUUCAUGCCAUCAGAUAGUUUUAACUACAAGUUUGCUUUGUCAUUAUUGUUAGCCUAUCUUUUCUGUAGGCAGUUGGUAAUUGUGCUGGCCACAUGACACCUUGCUCAUUAAUAAUUGGCCAUAUAAAUAGAUGAUCUUAACAUCAUCUGCCCCAUAGAUCACAAGGCCUGAAAGGGAAACGUUACUUUCUUGUACCUUUUCUGUGACUAUUAAGACAUUACUCAUAAUCUCAUCUCUGCCUGGGGUAUAGGCCACCAACCAUCUUCCUCCAGGUAUCUAUCUCAUUCAUUAUGUCUUGCCCAUCUGCUUGACAUCUGCUUGCGAAUCUUGUAUUUAUUUUUUGCAGCCCCCUGUUCAUCUUUCCUAGGGGUUCCAGGUGAGGGUUUAGCUUAUGAUGUUGGAAGGCGUACAGCCAUAAAGCUUGAGUUGUUUUUGUUGCCUUCCUAAUAUAUUUUUAAAUAAGGUUUAAAGUUGAGUAGAUAUGUGAGAUAAAGUGUGUAAGUUUUUAGAAGAUGUUAUGUCCAUGCUAGGUCAUAGAGUUUUGGGCUCAUGUGUGUCCCUGCAGCUAGGUAGUAGAGUUUUGCUGUAAUCAGAUUGGACUGUAUUAUUUUUAUACCAGCAUUUGACCAAAAAAUGUUUCAUGUCAUUUCUAAAUCUCACUUGUCUGACUAUUUAAGCCACAUACAUUUGAUGCUGUAGCCUCACUUUUCAUUGCAAUAUGUUCUAUUAUGUACAAAAUAUCUAAUUCAAUAACUCAGUUAUUUGAAUCUCAGUAUUUUAGUUCUAUCUUAAACAAAAUUCAGUGACAUAAGGUAGAUUUAAAAAAAAAUGUCUAACUCUUAUUAAACAAGGUCACUUCUUGUUUUCCUUUUAGUAAUGACAUUUUAUUUUACCAUGAUGUGAUUUGGCCUACUGUAACCCAUUACCAAAAAAAAUAGACUGUUAUUUGCAUGAGACUUACUUAUAUAGAUUGUAUAUAACCUUAUUUUAUGUACUUCUGUGCAUAUAGCAAUAAGCACUUUUUUAUGGUUGGUUUUUAAACAUAAUAAUUUUUUUUUUUUUUAAGUUACUGGUGGUAACAAAAAAUACUUUUCUGUUGAUAAAUUUACCGGUGGUAAUAAAAAUUUGUUUCUAUGUUGUUAAAUUUACUGGUGGUAAAAACAUUUGUAUUGUUAGACCUACUGGUGGUCAUUAGCUGUGAUUGGAGAUUUUGUCAUGUGUAAUUUAGAUCCAAUCUUGUUAUAACAAGCUUGGUAUUUCUUAACACUCUUUCAUUACUAAGUCAUAACCAGCUGGGUUUAAACUUUUAACAAUUCUGAAUUUUUUUUUUUUGGAUACAUAAUUAUAAAACAUUUAUUUUGGCACUUUAGAAGUUUAUUAUAAAGAAAUUUGACGGAGAAUGUAUCAUCACAUCAUGCAAUAUUUGUUUCAUCUCUAUGGUGCCAUAUUUACAUAAUACACACUUUUUACAAAUGUAGUUUAUAUAGGAAUGUUGGAGGUCACUUUUUAUAGCUUAUUUGUAUUGUAGUCCUUGUUACUGUUGGUCUUUUUCUUAGAUACAAAUGAAGAGGACCACAUUAUUCAAGAUGUCAUCAUAAAGAUGGCAGGUAUCUUUUUCAUUGAUAUUUUGAAUCAUUAUAUUCUCAAUACAAACCUGUGA